AUCGCGAUAAUACGUAACCAGAAAAAGCUCCCAAUUGUCUCAUUACAUAACAUUUUCCGCACAAAAAUGGAUCAGUUAUUAGAUUACAAGACAUUUUGUGUGAUUUUCAAUCACAUCACAGCAGAAGAAUACCAGAAUCUGAAGAUUCUGUGUGUCUUCGGCAACACAUCCGUCAUAUACGUGACAAACGACGACAAAGUCUAUGGUUUUGGCAAUAAUAACAACGGAUGUCUGGGUUUGGGCGCCGACUACAGGCGCAUACAUCGACCGGCACUUAACCCAUACCUGAGCGGCAAGUGUUUGGCCGAUAUUGCAAUCGGGAGACAGUUUUGUAUCGGACUGACAGCGGAUGGCCGGUGCUAUUCAUGGGGUGCCAACGAUUUCGGUCAACUGGGCGUCGGAUACGUCAAUAAAGAGGUCGCACCGAAACUCAUGAAGGGAUUGGCCGACAAACGAGUGAUCCGUAUUUGUGCCGCUCAGGACUUUGCACUGGCGUUGACUGUAUGCGGUCGAGUGUACGGUUGGGGCCGUAACUCGUUUGGCCAGUUGUGUGAACACACCUAUAGUAUCAAGUAUUACCCGAAAGAGUUAAUGUUUACCCACAAAAUAGCGGACAUUUCGUGCGGUUCAACACACGCCAUGGCGUUGACAGACACGGGCCGAGUCUACACGUGGGGUAACAAUAGGAACGGACAGUUGGGUCGAGGCUUUAAAAAGUUAGGAUAUAAACGUCCGAUGUUAAGCAGUAAAUGUCCAAAACUCUUAGACUUUGAUCCCGUCGUCCGUAAAGCCAUUUGCGGUUCCGACCACUCGAUGCUAUUGACCACCGAUGGAGAGGUCUAUGCGUUUGGUAUGAACUCAUACGGACAGGUAGGCAAUGGCAUCAGAGGCGCUCAGUUUCUGCUAACACAAGUCUCGGAUCAGAUUAUAUUCAAAGAUAUUAUGACAAAUACUACGGGCAAUAUGUCUGCUGCCAUUGCUGUUGACGGCGAGUACUAUAUAUGGGGUGAAUGUAAAGACAGACCAAUACUUAAACCACAAAAAGUGAACAAAAAUGGCAUUAAAUCUGUGUUUGAAUUGUUUGUCAAGUAUUCAAAAUUCAUGACAACUUAUAAAACGAUUGUUUGUCCGGCAAUUCAGUUGACAAUUGAUUCAACUGAAUGUUCAGACAUUGUGUCCACAGAUUUAGACACACAAUCGCCGCAAGAAAUCACUUGUUUUGAUAAAAAGUUGGACAAGAAUUCAGGGAAUAGGGAAUCAGAAGAAGACGUGCCGACUAUUGACAGCACAGUUGAUGACAAAACAAUUAAACAAUCAUCGCUUCAGAACAUGGGUUCAAACAUAUCAAUCACUUCUUCGUUGAAUGCGACUAUUUUUCAACAAACUUUGUGCCAAUCUUUCAAUAAUCCCGAAGACUCUGAUAUUGUGUUCCGAUUUAGGGAUCAACUGAUUUAUGGCCACAAACUUAUCCUUAAAAUGCGAAACAAAAAGUUUUGGCACAAAUGCGAGCACUAUAUGGACGCCGACGGCAAAGAGAUUCGUCUCAAACACGCCGAUAUUGUCGACCAAUUGCUAACUCUGGCCAACAUUUACGGCGAAGAAUCGCUCGCGAGUCUGUGCUUUGAGUUUAUGAUACAAACAAUCGAUGUCUUCAAUGUGUGCCAACUCUACGCCAAAGCACUGGAACUGAAGUGCGAAGAAUUGGAGACCAAAUGCCAUCACUUUAUGGCACAGAAUAUGAAAGAUAUUUGUUUAACACAAGAAUUCCGUGAAUUUGACGGCGAGUUAGCGAAACAAUUCAUUAUUCAGGCAUUCAUUGCAAACUAA